AUGCUCAGUCGUCAGUUCGCACGCGCUGCUGCCGUCACCCCGCGCGCAGGUGUGCGAGCUCUGAGCUCGACUGCUGUUCUCAACGGUCGCACACCUUCCCUUGGAGAUGUCAACCCUACACACGCAGAGGUCGACAAGUUUAGUCAGAAGCAGAAGGAAUUUCGCGAGCACUUGGUAGAAGCACAGAAGAAGCGAGAAGCCAGUGCGUUACCCUCCCACCCGCAGCCAGCUAACGUUCCGUUCGAAAAGUCCGCCGAAGGCUCACAGAAUGAUCCUGUAGGACGAACCGAAGAGGCCAAGGAGCCCGAGCCAUCCCGCAAGGCAGGUCCUUUGACCAACCUCAUUUACGGCACCAAGGAGGGUCGCGAACUCGACGCCCAACUCGAAGCAAGCUUCAGUCAGGUCCUUGCCCGUGGCAAGUACGUCCACUCGAUUGUUCUUCACGAAGUCAAGCCCGACAAGGUUGAUGAAUAUGUCGAGCUUGUCGGUAAGUGGUAUCCUAAGAUGGCGAAUGCCCCAGAGAACAAGGUGAAUUUGGUCGGAAGUUGGAGGACAGAGGUUGGCGACUGCGAUACUUUCGUCCACAUUUGGGAAUACCAAAAGUACGAGGGUUACCACCAAUCUCGACACAACAUCACCCACCACCCUGAAUUCUCUGAGUUCGACAACAAGUUAAAGGGCCUGAUCAACUCCAAGAACAUUUCGCUUAUGCAAGAGUUCUCUUUCUGGCCAACAACACCUCCACGAUCCCUGGGCGGCAUCUUUGAACUGCGCUCCUACACAUUGCACCCUGGUAACCUGCUCGAGUGGGAGACACACUGGCGACGAGGCCUCAAGGCUCGCCGUGAGGUCAUGGAAGGUGUCGGUGCUUGGUUUGUCCAAAUUGGUGACCUUAACACUGUCCACCAUCUGUGGCAAUUCGCAAACCUGGAGGAGCGCCGCGGUCGCCGCGAGCAGAGCUGGCAGGUUGAGGGCUGGAGCGACACUGUACACAAGACCGUGCCUCUUAUUCAGAGCAUGAAGUCAAGGAUUCUUGUCCCUAUGCCUUGGUCUCCUGUUCGAUAA